AUGAAGCCCCGCAGAAUGCGGCGGCGCUUGCCGCGCUGCUGCGCAGCCGACGCAACGAUCUGGAACAGCCUGCGCUCGCUCAAGUGCCCGAGAUCGGCCAGGUGCUCGCGCGGCUUGCAGCAGCCCCCGGUUGCCUGCUGGCCCGCAUGUCCGGCUCGGGCGGCACCUGUUUCGGCCUGUUCGAAGACGAGGCGGCGGCAGCCGGCGCGGCGGGCGCCAUCGCUCGCGAUCAUCCGGCCUGGUGGGUGCAGCCGACACGGCUCGUCCACGAUGCGGCAGUACGAGUUAGCGGGAGUCGAAGCGAUGACGAGAGAGCGGCAGCACGCAGCCGACGGCGCAGGAUGUCCGGGACCUGCUGGCCUUCUUGCCCAAGCUCUAUGCGGACGGUUUCGUGCCGAUCAAGCGCGUGCACAGCAAAGACGAGGACGGAGUCAUCGCCUUCCCUUGGCCCGAGUAUGA